AUUUUCUAUUAAGAUGUCUGCAGAUGGAUUUAAGUGCAAUUUGAAAGGCUAUCAAUAACCAAAUUAUUUAGAGUAUGUCUAAAGUAGUAUCGAUACUGAUUAAACCCUUGAAAAUGUCUUUAAUGAUCAUUAAGGAUAAUUUGAAGAGUUUAAAAAUUAUCUGAAAAGAGAGAUUUUUAACGAUCCAGAUUAAUUCCAAUAGCAUCUUAAUUAUAUCUAUAAUUAAUGGGACACUUAAUUUAAAGUUGAAUUGAAAAGGAUAGAGAUUUUCAGAUUAAUCAUGUCGAUGUACUUAGGAUUAUUAGAACGAAAUUUGUCUAAAGGUGGAUUUUAUAUUGUAGAUAUGAGUUCAAUAAAAAAAUCCAAUAAUUAUAUUUCCAAAUAGAAAUUGAUGUGCUUUAAGAAUUAUAUAAAAGCAUUUUACUUAAAUUCUGAUCAAAUUUAAGAAGAAAAAAUAGUGUUUACUAAAAAUUCUGUUAGCAAAGAAGAUUUCAAACAAAAAUUUGAAUAAUCUAACUAUUAAAACAUUGAUUUUGAAUUCACUUAACUGAAAAAUGAAGAUCAUUUAAAUUCUACUGUUGUAGACUUUGCUGAUGAAAACAUCGGAGGACUAGUUCUUGAUACCAGAAAUUGCGCAUAGGAAGAAGUAACAUUAAACACUAAACCAAGAUUGUUAUGCUUAUAUUUGCUGAAGCUACAGUAUGUAUGAUUUUUAUUCCGCCCAUGACACAAACCGAAGCAGUUUUGAUUUAGAAUUUGAAAAAAUAUAGCAAUUAUACUGGAUACGAACAAUCAUUUCAAUGCUCUCCAUCCUUGGAUCUUAAAGGAAGCUAUAAUAUGUUAGUAUAUCUUAAUCAAAAUUAUAUAGGCUAUCGACGCAAAACCUUUUUAUAGUGAAAACUAAUUUACUGAAGAAAAUAUUUAUAGAGAAUUGAUAAAGAGCUAUGCUGGAUUUGAGAUAUCACUCAAAAAUUCACCAAAUAGCUAUAUAUCUACAGGAAGAUGGGGCUGUGGAAUAUUUAGAGGCAAUCCUUAUUUGAAGACAUUAAUUUAAUUUGUGAGUUUUGCAAUGGCAGUAAAUUAAGUGAACCUAAAAGAUAAAAAGAUAAUAAUGAACUGUGUUAAUGACUAAUCUUUUUUUAACUUUGGAAUGAAAUUAAAACAAUUAUUACAAGAAAAAAAUACAUAGCUUAAUUUAAUAAAUCUAAAGAAGUCAUUAUUGUUUAUGCAAAAUGGAGUGAAUGAUACAAUAUUUUAACAUUAAGGAAAUAAUAUUAUAAGCCAGGUUUAUUCGAUUUUGACUCAGAAUAUUCAAUAAGCAGAAUCAAUACAAUAACAAAAUGAUGAUUUAAAUUAACCUUUAGUGGGUUAAGACAUUGAAUCAGAAAAUGAUGAUUUAAUUUAACCUUUAGUAGGUUAAGACAGCAAUUAAAAAAAAUUAGUAAAUGCUCAAAAUAUUGAAGAAAAUAACAAAAGUUAAAUAAAAAAUGAUGCUUAAAUUAUUGAAGAAAAAAUAGAGAUGUAAAAUUAGAAUGAUGCUUAAAUUAAUUAAGAAAAAAAAGAAAGUGAAAAUAAGAGCAUCGAGUCAAAUAAAUAUAAAAUUUUGUGUGAAAUAGGAGUUAUUAUUAUUGUUUGCGGUUUUGGAAUUUUUGUUUACAAAAAGGUUUUUAAAUGA